AUGAAGCCAUUAAAGCAGAACCAUCACUUUAUCCCACGUUUUAUCUUAAGAAACUUUGUACCGGAGAAUCAACCACCAGCAAGGCCAGCUGCGGAAGCUGGUACGACGAAGAUAAAUAAACGUCGUGGCCGUGAUUUUCUUGUGAACAAGAUUGAUCUUGAAAGAUGCGGCCUCGGUCAGCGACCUGUCUCAUCCGAAUUUUCCCUCGUGGACUUAUAUCGUGAUACUGGUUUCGAAGAAGAUCCUUAUCAUCUCGAGAAGAAGCUUUCACGUCUUGAGUCUCAGACGAGCGAGAUCAUCCGUCGUGCAUGCAACCUGUUCUCUCAAGGCCUGGACCUUGAAAUGGACCGCAUUGAGCUUGACAGGCUCCGGAAGUUUCUUUUUCUAAUGAAAUAUCGAAACUCGGGAAUGUUUGACCGAUACAACCAUAAUCAGAUUGACCAAUACGAGGCGGAUGACCGAAAAAGAUUGUCAAGUUAUAUGCAGUCAAAGGGGUUUACGAGACCGCGUGACGUGUGGUUUGAUAACCUGCGUCGAUUCUUGGAUCUUGAUAUGGACCCCGCGAGGGACUGGAUUGACACCCUCAAAGCGCAAAUCUACCCUGAAGAUGCUGCGAUGAUGCAAAUACAUCUAACUUGGAGUUUCAUAGCGUUCUGUGAACCGACCAAUCCAGGGGAUGAAUUUCUGCUGACUCAAAAUGCGUACUCCAUUUUUGAAGGCCCGUCAACAACGAGAUAUAACGUGAUUACCCAAAAGACCGAUGCCAACUUUUAUACCGAUCAGAAGGUCAAUCGCAAGAUUGGCUCAGGGAGACGCGAAAUCGACUUGCGGCGGCAGUUCAAUCUCAACAUCUCAAUCCAGAAAAAGCAGGAUCAAUACUACACGAUCUUCCCGUUCGACCAUGUCGCCCUAUAAGAAGCCCAUACCACCUCAUCAAUCAUCUAUCACUCUCAAGGAUCGCUGAAAUCAAGCUUAGAACAAUUUUUCAAAUCGGAGACGACUGGCAUGAAAGCUGUUCUUGAUCCACGUCACAUCCGUCAUCUAUACUUGAUAGCGCUUGAGAAAAUCGCCCGUGAUCUUGGAAGUUCUGUUAGUUGCAGAAUGAAUGCGCUUUGCGGUGUUUCGUCACCUCCACGCAUGCACAUGUCCUCAUUUGUGGCGUACACAGUUGCCUCUAAACUUCUACCUGAGAAGCAUACGGAAAUGCUUCCCCGAGCCUAUUCGCUGAUGAAUGCAGAAGCAAGCGAAAGAGCUUUUUGGAGCGAUACCCACCAAGCCGGUCUCAUGAUGAUGUUGAGGACUAAACUUGACCGGGCUUUGAAAACUUCAAGCCUCUCUAAUGAAGCAAAAUUUGAGGUUCGCAGUAACUUACGUGGAUUUUUCAUGGAAUUUCCCCCUGAAAGGUUAUGGCUGUAUCUGAAAAUCUCACGAAACAUGAACAAGUUUGAUGAUCAAGACUUCACCAAGCAGAUUCUUGAUUUUGAACUCGAGGGCCCAGAAGAUGAUUUUCCCAGAUACAUAGCGUUAUUCCCUAGCCAGCGAACGAAUCUCGUGAAAGCCAUGUACUACAGAGCUAUAGUGUAG